AUGUUCUCGACCGUCUCGAAUAGCAGAUUACAACGGGAGAGCCUGCAAAAUCCGGCCUACUGGGUUGAAAAUAUGGUCCAGCCAGUCCGGUUCUCGCAGGCCUUUCAGCGACUGUGCGCAAAACGAGUUGUAAAAAAGAUUGACAGGAGCCACUGCGGGCUGAUGAAGAUCGACACCUGUUUGGAAAUUGGCCCGCACAGCGCCCUUCGCGGACCUAUCCGUGAUAUUGUCACGUCAAAGGAAGCCAAUAUGGAGUAUGCCUCCGCACUUGAACGCGGCUCUUCGGGGGUGCAGUCGAUAAUGCAGGCCAUGGGACGGCUUUGGUGUCUUGGGCAUUCGCCUCAUCUUUCCCGACUGAACGGCGAGUCCAGUAAUAUUCUUCCGCUGUCCGAUCUCCCUCCAUAUCCUUUCGAUCAUUCGGAAAGCUACUUCCACGAUAGUCGAAUUUCCAAGUCUCAUCGCCUGCAAGAGCAUCCCAAAACUCGUCUUUUGGGACACCGCGCCGUGGAUUGGAACCCCUUUGAGCCACAAUGGCGCGGCUUUCUGAGCGUAGCUGAUCAUCCUUGGAUCGAACAUCAUAAGAUCAAUAAUUCUGUCCUUUUCCCAGCUGCUAGCAUGAUUUCAAUGGCUAUUGAGGCUGCAGCCGAGGUUACUUCCGCGCAGGGAGUUAUCUGUGGCUAUGAGCUCAGGGAUAUUAAGUUCCACGCGGCAAUGGCAGUCCCAGAGGAUCAGAGUGUUGAGACGCAAUUGUUCUUGCAUUUUGACAGCAACACCACGGCGCGGAAUCGCUCCUGGGCGAGCUUUCGCCUCUGCGCAUACAUGCGCAACAACUGGGAAAACAUCUGCACCGGGCGCGUUCGCGCGGAGCAUACGUCCGAAGUAUCCGAAGUUGACAACGGACAAGGGACCGCAGAUCUCCUCCGCGAGCUUCAGCAGGAUAUUGAUUCAGUGACGAACACUGGCUCACCUGCUUCAGUGGACUCCCUCUACGAAUGCCUGCGAAACUGCGGGAUGGACUACGGGUCACUCUUCAGAAACAUCCAAAGUGCCCAUGUUUUAGGAAACCAGUCAGCUGGCCGUGUAUUUCACUGCGAAUGGCCACCAGGUGCAGACGAGAAAAAACCUCAAAGUAGAAUCGCCUUUUCCGGAAUGCUCGAUGCACUCCUUCAGCUCGCACUGGUGACCUACACCGAAGGGGGGAAAGCUAUGAAACCGACUCUAGUCCCAUCGCAGAUUAGGAAAGCAUGGAUAUCAAGCUAUGAUGAGGGCUGGGCGGACGCAAGUUCUGUUAGUGCCAUAUCCAAGAUAACGUCGCAGACGGAUCGCGGCACAGAAUGCGAGAUCACCGCGUUGAGCAACGAUGGGUCCAGGGUGUUUGCCCAGCUAGAAGGCGCCAAGAUGACUGUUGUCGAUACGAUUUCAAGUCCUUCCAGUUCUACCGACAGAGACAUUCCGCUGUGCUGGAAUCCGGUUUGGUUGCCUGAUCUGGACCUUAUGGAUGCUAAAGAGCUAUCGAGAUACUGCGAGGCAGGUCUUCCAGAAGAUGACGGGCCGACUGGGCUUCAUCAGCAACUACUCGCUCUCCAACUGGAUUGCUUAGAAUAUAACCUGGUGCAGUUUGGAAAGUCGCCUUUAAAACUUCCUUCUCAUUUGUCCCGCUAUAUUACAUGGGCAGGAGAGUUUGUCAAGAGACAUGGCCGGAACGUAUCUUUCUGUCGGGACCAUGAAGUCGACUACGAGGCACGGAUAAAGGAACAAGCAAACUAUUUAAAACAUUUCAACGCCCAGGGCAAGGUCCAUGCCGCGGUUGCACAAAAUAUGAAGGGAAUCCUGCUCUUAGAAAAGGAUCCCCUGGAUCUGCUUUUCAGCAGUUCCUUGCUUGAAGACCUCUACACCGAGCACAGCAAAGUACCGGGCUGCUUCGGACCAUUGCAGAAGUAUCUCCAGCUAUUCUCGCAUAAGCAUCCCAACGCGGAGUAUCUUGAGAUAGGCGCAGGAACGGGAGGAACCACUAUGCCGAUUCUCACGUCUUUAAGCCGCGGGAGCAUCUCACAGUCCACAUAUGCCCUGUACAAGCGGUACACUUUCACCGACAUCUCCGAAGCAUUUUUUGCACCAGCGAAAGGAAGAUUCAGCAGUUUUCCACGUUUGGAAUUCCAGCGCUUGAAUAUCGAACGGCCUGGCACAACCCAGGGCUUUUCUCCAGAAUCUUACGACGUGAUAAUAGCAGCGAACGUUCUACAUGCAACACAAGACCUUUCCACAACGUUGAGGAAUGUUCACCGGAUGCUACGCCCUGGUGGUAAGCUCAUUUUGCACGAAGUAGUGAAGCCAUCAUUAGGCAUAACUGCCUUUGUCAUGGGGCUUCUUCCUGGCUGGUGGUUGAGCAGUGAAUCGUUCCGCGCACAAGGGCCCUGCAUUGACGUCGACUGCUGGAAUCGAAUCCUUCAGGAAACUGGCUUUUCUGGUAUUGACCACGAAUUUCGUGAUUACCGUGGCAGUCAAUGCCAUGAACUUAGUGUUCUCGUCAGUACUAAGGUUCAGCAUCCCGGGACACCUUCUGGGGACUUUAACGGCAUAGAUAUUAUCACUGAUCAGACCAAUCACGGGGCCACCAUACUAGCUGAUUCCUUGCAGCGGGUCCUGCUAGAUACAGGCGAUCUGGAUUGCAAGCGUGCUAAUCUCGGUGAGCUUCGUGCUACACACACCUACCCGGAAUCCACAACCAUCAUUAUCGACAACCCGGAUCGGUCUUUGCUUCUCAAUCUAGAUGGACCUGGUCUGCAUUUUCUUCAGAAGCAGGUCCAGUUAUACAAAAUGAUUAUCUGGAUCUCCAGGACUGUGGAUGAUGGCUCGGGUCAUCCGUCCUUUGGGAUGGCUAGUGGCCUUAUUCGAUCUUGGCAAACCGAGGUCGAGUAUAGCAAGGUCUUGAGAAUUGGAUUGUCCACAUAUCAAGGCUCUCCCGCGGAGAAGUUACAUGCUGUCAGAGACAUCAUAGUUCGAUUCUGUCAAGGCGAUGACGAAAACUUUGAACUUGAAUACGAAGACCACGAUGGCCUCAUGAACGUCUGUAGACUCCAGAUAGACAAUGACUGUCGAAACGCCAUCUCCGACAGUCCAGCAGACGAAGUUCCCCAGCAAACAACUUGGCAAGCCUCUCCACCUCUCCGGCUCGUCACUGAAACGCCCGGCCUUCUGGAAAGCCUGAUAUUUGUCGAAGAUAGCCUCCACUCCCAGAAUCUCGCCGACGAUGAAGUGGAGAUCGAAGUUCGGAGCAUAGGCCUGAACUUCAAGGACUGCCUGAUUGCGCUGGGCCGCGUACCAGACCAAGAUAUAGGAAAUGAAUGUGCUGGGGUCGUCCGGGCAGUCGGAUCGGCGUGUGCAGGACACUUCCAACCUGGAGACAGAGUAUCCAUGUCCACCACCGAGUCAUUUAAAACCUAUGCGCGCAGCAAGGCACAAUGCGUCUGCCGGAUUCCCUCAAGCAUGAGCUUUGAUGAAGCAGCGUCGAUACCUACCCAGUUUGUCACGGCAUGGACAUGUCUUCACGAUAUCGCGCGGUUGACCAAGGGCGAGACCGUCCUCAUUCACGCCGGUGCAGGUGGAACCGGCCAGGCCGCCAUCCAAAUCAGUCAGUAUUUAGGAGCUCAGGUCAUAGUGACGGUGGGAUCGAAGCAAAAGAAGGAGCUGCUAGUAUCUGAAUAUGGCAUUCCAGAAGACCACAUCCUUUACAGUCGCGACUGUUCGUUCUCGACUGCGGUCAAACGAAUCACCAGGGGCCGCGGUGUUGAUGUCGUGCUAAAUUCGCUAGCGGGUGAUGGCCUCUUUGCCUCUUGGGAGUCUCUAGCACCAUAUGGACGAUUCAUUGAGAUUGGCAAAACAGAUAUCUUGGCGAAUUCCAACCUGCCUAUGUUCCCAUUCAACAAGGGGGUUACAUUUUCGGCCUUCGACGGCUCAAUGUGGAUGGUUGAACGGCCGCAUGAAGCGCAGAGAAACAUCCAGAUCAUAAUCGAUCUUUUCGCGGGUGGACAUAUGCAUACUGCCAGGCCUCUUAAUAUCUAUGGCAUUAAAGAUGUAAAGAGCGCUUUUUCAACCCUUGCGCAUGGGAAAAGUAGUGGCAAGCAUGUUGUGCAAGUGUCUCCAACGGCUGAAGUGAAGGCAAAGAUUCAAAAGCCAGUGUAUACUCUUUUGAAUGAUGCCACCUAUGUGAUUGCAGGAGGCUUUGGUGGAAUCGGCCGCACUAUCGCGAAGUGGAUGGUUGACAAGGGUGCACGCCACCUUAUCAUUCUGUCGCGUUCAGGCCUUGGAUCUCCAGCAUCGCGAGAACUAGUCGAAGCUCUGCAGGGCGCUGGAGCUACAGUGCAAGCACCGGCCUGUGACAUCAGCGACGAGGCUGAGCUUCGUCGUGUCCUUUCCGAUUGCGGCAAGGUAAUGCCUGCGAUUCGAGGAUGCGUGCAUGCUUCAAUGGUCUUGCAGGAUGUAGUCUUCGGUCAAAUGACCCACGUCGAAUGGGUAGCCUCGACCGCGCCCAAAGUGUCCGGUUCUUGGAACCUCCACCAAGUAUUGCCCGAAACGUUGAACUUCUUCAUCCUGCUUUCUUCCGUCUCUGGGAUAAUCGGCCACCGCGGCCAAUCUAACUACGCCGCUGGAAACACCUUCCAAGACGCCCUCGCCCAUUAUCGUAUCUCCAAAGGCCAAAAAGCAAUCAGUAUUAACCUUGGCGCGAUGGUUGACGACGGCUACCUCGCCGAGGUGGGAAAUAAACAUAUCAGGGAAAGAUUGUUAAGCGCAGGCGCCAUGCAGCCUAUUACCCGGCAGGACCUUUUCUCCCUUCUUGAACGCUACUGCAACCCGUCGCUGGACAUUCUCGCGCUCAGCGCAUGCCAAGUCGCUUGUGGGAUUAAUACGCCACGCGAUCUCCAUGCUAAGGGCCUAGACGAGCCUACUUGGCUUCAGCGGUCUAUGUUCAGUACUCUGUAUUGGGCCCCCUCGACAACGAUGACCUCUACUAAUGGCGGCAUGCACGGCCAGGAGAACGUGCGCGACUAUCGACAGGCGUUUAUCGAGGCGGCGAGCUCUUCUGAAGCUGGCCAAGUCGUGGCUGAAGCCCUAGUAGCCAAGAUAGCACGGAGUAUCUCGCGGGUCACAACGGGGGAUGCCGAAGUUGAUGCUAGCCAACCGAUCGUGGCGUAUGGGGUUGACUCUCUACUUGCAGUUGAUUUGAGAGGGUGGCUUCGCAAGAUCUUUCAGGCCGAUGUCCCUACGUUCGAGAUUCUGGGAGGCACCAGCUUUGUAGCGAUGGGGGCGACGGUUGUGAAUAGGAGCGGGUUGAGAAAGGAAGGGAAUUCAAAUCCAGUGAAGAUGACACAUUGA